CGAAACAGCCAUGGCUGAAGAAAGUAACCGUGGAAACACGCCUCCUGCGUUUACCUUCGACGACGAAGCAAUGCCGAGCACAAGCCAGGAAUUCUUCGAGGGCGCUUCGGGCACUUCCGACUGUAGCACUACGAUUUGUGAUGACUCCUUCGAAGACCUGUGGAACGCGAUGAACAGCCACAACGAUGCCACGGACGUCACUGGCCAUACACAUGUCACUGAAAGCGGAAUCACCAGUGCCCAACCUGUGGAGUUCAGGAGCAGCAUUGAUCAUGCACAGUCCAGUACAAGCCGUGCUGGCAUGGAGGAAGCAUCGGCCAUUCCGGAAAACAUUGCUAGCAAUUCUGACGAUGCCUGGCGUUACCAAUGGAACACUCAGCAGAGGUCAAUAACCGACGGGACUUACAAAGUCGACGGCGUCACUGACAAUGGUAACACGAGUUACCUGCACCUGGGGUCCAGCACCAGCAUUGAUCACGCAAUGGCCAUCACAAGCCCCACAGGCAUGGAGCAAGCACCUGCCGUUACAGAAGGCGGCGCCAGAAUUCCUGAGACCACCAGUAUUGACCAAAUGAAGACAAAGUAUAUCCCCGCUGAUGGCACAUCCACCGUAUCGGGGCGUACGCACAACACAGAAACUGGAAGCACUGGUUUCACACUUCCGGUCUACAGCAGCAGCGGUGGUGCAGACAACGCAAUGGCCAGUACAAGCUAUGCGCGCAUGGGGGAACCAUCGGGCAUUUUUGGAAACGACGCUUGGAGUGCUACUGGAGCUGGGGCUCGAGAGCAGCAACAGUUGUCCGGUGCAUGUUCCAAUGUUUCCAGCAGUCGGGAUGCCUUACACGGGCACGCCAACGAACACACGGGCGACACAGCCCAAAUUUGUAAUGCGUGUGUUCUAACCUCUGUGAACAAUUCGAAGUUCGUAAAGCAUUGCCGGAACAGCACAGACGGGCACCACAAAUGCGAAGCCUGUGAUAAAUCGCUCCACCUGGCUGAUCACCUAGCUGCAAAUUACCGCACGCACACACACGACACACCCUACCAAAGCCCUAUUUGUAAUAAAUCGUUCCGGCAGUCCAAACACCUUAAUGACCAUAAGCGCGCGCAUACAGGCGAGAAACCCCACAAAUGCCAUAUUUGUAAUAAAUCGUUCCGCUGGUUUAGACAUCUAGAUGACCAUAAGCGCACUCACACAGGCGAGAAACCAUACGCUUGCGAAACCUGUGGUAAAUCAUUCGCGCAGACGGCAAGUCUACACAUACACCAGUACACUCACACAGACGAGAAACCCCAUGUGUGCCAUAAAUGCACCAAGCGAUUCAAAACCAUACCACAUCUCAAGCGUCAUCUCAACUUGUACUGUAGGAAUGGAGCUUUCGUUUGAGAAAUAUGUCAUCUUUUAUUUAUGCACAACUCAGGUGUCAGAGCCGCCAAAGCAUGCACGAGGAUAAAACGCUGUAUGAGUGAUAAUACUGGUGUCAGACGCACACUUCUGAUCGCGAUCGGGGCCCAUCAGGAUUGGAUUUCAUGAUCGCGAUAAAAAGUGGUCGCUGCUACAUGGUUAAACGAUCCGGAUCGAGUUAUUGUCGUCUGCUGAUCGUCAGCAACUCUCAGAACUGCAUAAUGUAUCGGCUACAAAUUCAGUUUGUAAAAUAUGGCUAAAUUUGGGCAAUAUUUCUAUUUUACGCCUGAUAUUACUGGUAAAAAUAUUUUUAAACUUUUUUACUGAGCUGCCUUCCCUUCUUUUUAACGUUUUCAGAACACUGCGCUAGAGGUCACAUACGUCAGCCUGCGAUUGCGGUUAAGGGGACUGAUCGCGAUUGGCGAAUCGCGAUCGCCCAGAUGCAGAACCCGCAGGAUCGCGAUCCCAAAUGACUGCGUAGAAACACCCGAUCGGGAUCAACCCGGAUCCCGAUCGGCCCCAAGCGCGAUCAGAACUGUAGGUGUGACACCGGUGUAAUACGUGCUACUUAUGUGGAGAUUUACUUGGAGACGCGGUUCAACUAGUGAAACACCUUGUGAUGCAAAAGGGCGGGCAGCCGUAAUAUUCUGACUAGUGCGUAGGUUGAACUCGCCCGCAGCCUUUUGCAUAACAACGUGAGAAUGAAGGCGUGCUCUGAAACAGGGCUGAUAUUCUUUCACAGGAUUGAGCAGCUAACUAAACGCAUCACCUGUACAGUCCGGCUUUUUUUAACGUUUAAAACGGCCGAGUAAAAUGCUGGUUUUUAGAAACGAUUAGGUUUUUAGAAAAGACAAGACGUCAUCGCAAUAAUUCGGCGUGCUUAAAUGCCGAAGUACAGUGCAGGUCAUGGCUAGAGCUCAUUGCAUUCAGAACUCUGUUGUUCUUGAACCUAGCUUUAGAAAACUCAUUUGAAGACAAGUCCUGAUGGGCUGCAAGUAUGUGUUUUAAGUAGGAGGCUGAAAUGUCCGCACAAGGUCCUCGACAGGUGGUUUGGUUAGUGACUUGUUUUGUGCAAGCGUUUUGACCGUGUACUAGAAAACAAGAUUUAGUAAACCAUCCUUUUAGUGUUUCAGCUGUGUGAAGAGAAAACAAAUCUCACUAGGAGCAGUUUAAAAAGUAAGGCUUGUUUUUUGUUCGUUUUUUCUUUGUCAACUGAAAACUCAUAUCUGCUAUUGAGGUUCUUCAGGCCUGCUGACUUCGUCAGGCAAUAUUAUUUCUUUUAAAUUUUUUAAUACAUUGAAUAUUUUGGUUCUCUUUGGCUCUUGUAUUCUUACCGAAGAUAUUUGUUCCAUACCAUAAACAAAGCUGAUGACAGUAGUGGGACCAUUAAAUUCAGAUGGUUUGGAACUUCAUUGUAUGAUAUGGUCUUCUUCUACAAAAUUUUUAGUUAUUCUUGUUUUAUUGUGGCAUAACCUCUGUCAGUUUCAAACGGCAGUUUUUAUCCCCUAUGAAGUCGCGUGUACUGUCUACGCCUGCUCUCUAGUUGCAAAUGUAGAAUCUUCUUAGUCUGAUGUGACAAACGCAUCCGUGCGAGCAUUGAUAUGAGAAGUAAGGUGCAGCGAUGCGUGUUGAUGCCCUUACUUGUAUAUCUCUUUACUUUGAACGCGUUUGAACUGCUAGCAAAGGUUAAGUUACUGCUGAGCGCAUGACGCGCCCGCAUGUAACAGAACAGUCUCAAAAUUUAUCGCUGAUUAUAUUGUUUGUCUGCGUUGUAAUUAGACACAUUGUGUAUAGAUAUGUGCCUUCCUAAAGACGCGCUAGCUCCAGCGAUCACGGAGGAAUCUCAGACGAAUCACGUGGAAAUGGCCUACGCUCAUUAAACACAAACCACGUUUUGGACGAUCGACGAAUGUGCCCGGCAAUAUCUUUCUGCCCGUGCAUAGCUUCUUUGCUUUGUUCAUUUAGGCCCAAUAAAGACUAUUUUGUCACGCACG